CCGGGUGCCGCCAUGUCGGACAGCGGGGGGCCGGGUCUUCCCGCGCCCCCUGGGGGCCGUUGGAGGGAUUCUCAGCCCGGCCGCCAUUUUAUUUCCUUUCUCGCCGUGCUUCCAAAUACACCUAAAAAAAUCCACUGAAAUGAACCGUGCCAGUGCAAAUCUGACGGAGCCGGCUUUUCCUGAGCACUGCCAGCCUCUUCUGGGUCUCCAGCCUAUCAUAGCAUGGGUCAGGUUGGAAGAGGCCACAGUGGGUCAUCUGUUCCAAGCUCCCUGCUGAAGCAGGGUCAUCCCGCAGUGCAUGGCACAGGAGUGUCAUAAGAUGGUUGUGGAACACUCCAGUGAGGGACCCUCUGCAGCCUUUCUGGACAAUCUAUCCCAGGUGUGGUCAUCGGCUCAAUAAAGUUCUUCCUCAUACUCAGGUGGAAUUUACUGUGCGUCAGUUUCUACCCAUUGCCGCUUGGCGCCACUAAGAAGAGCCCGGCUCCAUCCCCUUGACAGAAAUUUAGAUAUUUAUACACAUUGAUGAGGAGGGGGAAAAAUGGAGACUGUGUGGCCCUGUAUGCCUGAACAGUGAUCCAGGACCUAUGCCUUCUACUGCAGGAGAUGACACUUUCCUUGCUCCCAUCGUGUGAUCCCAGGCACUCGUAUGCUCUCUGUCAUGGCCUGACCCAGAAGGUGCAAGCAAUAACUCCAGGGACCAGUUUUCUUUUUCUGGAAGAACAUAGCGGGCUGACUGUAUUUUCUGAAGAUCAGACUUCUCUGCUUUCCUGGCAAUGCCUAGAGCUGAAAGUGGAACUGAUGUUUUGAAGCCUCCUUAAGACCAGUUUCCCUUAUUUCUUUAGUUUUAUAAAUAGAGGCUUUUGGCUUUAAGAAUUUGAUGACUCCUUUCCAGUGAAAACUCCUGAAAAUGAAAGGCCCCAUAGAAUUCAACAUGUUUUGGCAAGAAUUACUCAUUUUGUCGGAAAAAAACUUGCUUUCAUCUUCUAGAUAGUUCUGCCAUUUAAGGGCUGUGCUUCUCCAAUGGCACUCUGGCAUUUCUACGGCUAUAUAUGGAGUCUCUUUGGUGCUUGCUUGUGUUAUCCUCAGAGCUCAGUAAAGCUCAGGCCAGGAAGCCUUUGAUUGUAAAUCUCCCCAGACCACCUUGGUGCCCUUCCUGAAUGCAGCAAUGGGGAGCAAAGCAAGGUUUCUGUUGUGCAGGCUGCGGGAGCUGACUGCCACAGGUAUGGCAGAAACACAAUUGUUCCCCAUUUACAAGGUGAGGAUAUUAAUCAUUAAAUUGCACAAAUCAUGCAUACCUGAUGGCUAAAUAGCAAAAAACCAAAAUUUCUUUGCCUUGCCUCUCUUGGAAGAGAGGCCCUUUUCUGUGGAUUCAUUAUCUCCAGGACAGAUCAGAAUGAAACUUGACAGUCUUUAUAGACUUUCUAUAGGUGUCUCACAAACAUUGCACAUUUUUAUUUAUUUUUCAGUCUGUUUUUUCAGCUAUUUGAGCCUGACUUCCUCAACAGCUAUCUUUACCUUGAGGUACAGAGCUUGCCAAAAACAAAGGGAAGUAAAAUUAGGAAAGGAAGUUUACAGUAUAAUUUUUUAUUUCUGCCAGAAUCAAACUGAAAGCUUUCGUCUGUUUUUAUUAUUUAUUCCUUUUAAUUUCUUAGUUAGAGGUGUCUUAAUGGAUGGUUUUCUGUUGGAUAGAUUGGUCUUAUGGUGCAAUCUUUACUAAGUUGGUUUUUUUUUUUUAGUAAGUUACAUUUUUAAAGUGUAGAAACUCUCCCUUGACUGCCCUGCACAGAAGCCACUGUACUGCAAUACUGAGAACUACCUCUACCUGAUACUGGUGGGGGUCUGCUACAGUCCUCUACUAUAUAAUUUUUCUUGAUUUUUAAAGAUACAAUGGAUUUAACUUUUAGUUCUGUAGUUUCUCAGUCGUGUCCCUGCUGUUGGUAACAGGGCUAGCAGCCACUUAGCUGGGUGCUUGCCUUGACCAGGAGAGAGAUGCUUGUUGGAAGAGAUUCACUUCCACUUUGCUGAAAGUCAGUGAGGCUGAACUAUGUCACGUAGUAUUUACACACAAAAUGAAACCUGGGUCUUUGGAGGCAAAACACAAUGUUGUAUAACUGAAACUUGUGAAACGGUGACAAAUAUGUUUGCUUAUCUGCAGCCUUAGGGUUGGACAGGUUUACUUCCUACAAAAGAUCAUCUGAGGAUGGGGAUAUUGAAGUCACAGAAUCUGAAAAGAUGUGGAAUUGAUAUGAUUAACUGAUUGAUGAAGUGUCAUGUCCCCGUCUGUUCUGAGAAAAUAUGGAGGGUUUGAGAGUAUUUCCUCUCUGAACUUUUUCUUACCUGAAAGCAGAAGUCCUGUUGAAAUGUAUUAAGACACAGUUGAACACAUCUGUUUUACCUUGUCAAUGAUUUAUGGAGAGACGUGGAGUUUUGUGCUUUGAAUAAUCGAGUGACAAAUUAAACAAGGAAACUGCCAUCCACUGAAGCAAUGGGAAUUCUUCUGAAAAGACACGCCUCAUCUGAGAAAACCAAGAGUUUCCAGCAGAACUGUGCAGUGUGAGAUUCUUCCAAAAUCCUCAGUGGAAAAAAAUUAUCCUGGUGUUAUUGGAUAUAUCAGCAUGCCUUUUCUGCUGUGCUUGAAAAAAAAUAAGUCACCUGUGCCUUUAGGCAGAAGUAUAUUUCAAAAACACACCCCUCCUAUCCAGCAGAACUACCAGGCUUUGCUGGAGUCAUGCUUGAAGAACAAACACUUGUUCAUAGACGACACCUUCCCUGCUCACAUCAGCUCUAUUGGAACAGGAGCACUGCUAAAGAAACUGCCCCAAAAUUUACAGUGGAAGAGGCCACACGCUUUGCACAAAAGUCCCGUAUUUUAUGCUGCAAAUAGAAAGCAGCUUGAUCUCCGCCAAGGACUGGUGGAGAACUGCUGGUUCCUGGCGGCCCUGGAAGCCCUGACGUUCCACCAGGACAUCUUGGCUGCAGUUGUGCCACAAAACCAGAGCUUUGAGAGGAAAUAUGCGGGCAUUUUCCACUUCCGGUUCUGGCACUUUGGGGAAUGGAUUGACGUGGUGGUUGAUGAUCGCCUGCCGGUGAAUGAGGCGGGGGAGCUGCUCUUUGUUUCCUCAGUCUAUAAGAACGUGUUUUGGGGAGCCCUUCUGGAGAAGGCAUAUGCUAAACUGUAUGGCUCCUAUGAAGAUCUGCAGAUUGGGCAAGUUUCAGAAGCCUUGGUGGAUUUUACAGGGGGUGUCAAUACAAGGAUCAAGCUUGCAGAAGCUCCUCCUGAUCUGUGGGAUAUCCUGACAAGAGCCACCUACAGCAGAUCUCUCAUGGGUUGUCAAACACACUUAGGGACAACAAAGGUCCUGAAGAAUGGGCUUGUUGCUGGCCAUGCCUAUACAGUAACUGGUAUUAGAAAGGUGACCUGUCAAUAUGGACCUGAAAACUUAGUGAGACUGAGAAAUCCAUGGGGAAAAAUUGAGUGGAAAGGAGACUGGAGUGACAGCUCUUAUAAGUGGGAGCUGCUGAGCCCGAAGGAGAAGAUUUUGCUAAGAAAAAAGAAGGAAGAUGGAGAAUUCUGGAUGUCUCUGCGAGAUUUUAAGAUUCAUUUUGUAGAUCUGGUGAUCUGUAAAUUAACUCCAGACCUGAUGAGCCAGGAAGAUGGGAAAAAGUGGAUGUACUCCUUGAAGAGUGGGAGAUGGGUUAAAGGAAGUACAGCAGGAGGAAGUCUGGGAUUCUGUAAUGGCAACUUUUGGAUGAACCCUCAGUACUGGCUGAAUGUGUUGCCAGCUGAAGACAGUAAGAAAAGCCCAAGUACAUGCAACGUGGUUAUAUCCCUCAUGCAGAAACACAGCACCAAACACCGGAACCGAGCCCCUCACCUUUUCAUUGGAUUUUUACUCUAUAAGGUGGGCCUACAGUACCAGGAGAGCAACAGAAAGCUACCCCCAGGUUUCUUCACCCGACAUCAGCCUGUGAACAAGCACCAGGUUUUCCUUGAUGAGCGGGAAGUGACUCAUGACUUCCAUCUGGAGCCUUGUGUCUACGUGAUUGUCCCAUCCACCCUGGAGCCUCAGCAAGAGUCUGAGUUCAUCCUGCGGGUCUUCUCCAGGAAGCACGUUCUUCGGGAAAUGGGUGGGAACACGAGCUUCACCCUCUCUAAGGAAAUUGUUGAUAGAUAUGAAGGCAAGAUUUGGGAGGAUUUCUUCACAAAGCAUUUUGAACAGAAUCCUGAAAUAAAUGCUGUUCAGCUCCAGAGGAUCUUGAAUAAUAUAUCUUGGAGAAAUUUCCAGAGUUUUCACCUGAAUUUCAGUCUGGAUUCCUGCCAGGGUAUCUUGGCACUCCUGGAUCUGAAUGCUACUGGCACACUGAGUAUCCAGGAAUUCAGAGUCCUGUGGAAAAGGCUGCUUUUCUAUUUGGAAGUUUUCCAGAAGAGAGACACCAAGAGAUCAGGAAAGCUUGACCUUGUGGAACUGCACACAGCUGUACAGGAGACAGGCAUUUCACUCAGCAAUGAAGUCUGUAAUUUGAUGGCAAUCAGAUAUGGUGACCCUGACUUACAGAUCAGUUUUGAGAGCUUUGUUUGCUUCAUGCUUCGAGUGGAGAUCAUGGGAGAGGCCUUUCGCAACUUAACACAAGAUGGCAAAGGGAUAUAUCUCCGGGAAUCUGAGUGGAUGAUGAUGACACUUUAUUCUUGAAGCAAUGCUGUAGAGGAGGAGACAACCAGACCUGUUCCAGGACAAGGAAGGCUGCCUUAUUUCAGCUUUUUACUUCAUAUGAAAAGUCCUUCCCUCAAGCAGACUUAACCUGAUAACCACAGAUUUGAUGAAGUUUUGCUAAUUAAUGCAUUUGAGUCCUAUUUCACUUCAGACAACCCUACUGAGGAGAGACCAUUGGAUGGCAACCACCACAAGUGCACAAUGUGACACCUUGGAGCAUGGCGGCUGAGUUGUUUGGGUCACCUACACCAUGCUGAUGUAAUGCUGCUGUUAUAGGCACACAUUGUGGCAGUGCCCAGAGGCUGUGCUUGGUGAUGGGGCUCUUUAGUCUGGGAGAGAAAAGGUCCUGUCCUGAGUAGUUUGUCACCUGAUAGAGAGAUCCCAGUUCUGUAGCUGCUAGGCACAUGGUAGAGAACUGGAAUCUGUGUGCUGGGAAAGUAGGGCUGGAGACUCACAAUGAAUGAACACUCUUCCCUAGCCCUGACUUGGAAAGGUGAUCUGCAAGCAUUCAAACCAUCUCUUCUGUUUUUAUAAGUUAACAUAACCCUAUUGAAGUGACCCUAAUUUGAUUUGACCAAGUGAUGAGUUGAGCAUCCAAGCUGUUUGUUGAUGAUUGUGUAUUUAUUUCAGAAAGGUGGUAGGUUUUCUCUGCAGAUUGAAAAGUACAGUACAGUGAAAAGUAAACGGAUCCCAUAUUGUUUUUAAGUCACCAGAGACUGGCAGGGAGUGAAUAUUCUCAGUAGGGUUAUACAGGAGCUGUCUGAUAAAACAUUUGGAUAUUUAUUUUAUAGAGGGUGAGUGUGUGUGUAUGUACUUCUAAAGGAUGCAGGUAAAUGCAGGUUGUAACUAAUUACAUAGUGCAGCCUGGGUGCACAGCUGUGAACAGCGUUAGAGAACAUGGUAUAAGUGGGAAAAUUCAUAUCAAAAUCCAUGAGAGAGUUACCUGAUGCAUCUAUCUGUAGGAUCCUUUUACACUUUCUUACCAUUCAUUUAUUUGGGCUGGAAGUUUCCAUGCUAAGUGCCUGUUACAAGUUGCUACUUUGAUUUUUCUUUUUUUUCUUUUCUUUUUUUUUUUUCCUUUUUGCAUUCCUGCAGACAGCUCAACUGAGGCUCUUUUACAGUGCACAGCCUAGUCUGAGUCUGGGUGCUAAAUGAAACAGAGCUCCAAUGGGAAUGAACAUAUAAUGAAAGACCAUACUCUAAUAUCUUUGUAGGAAGGAGUUAUAUUAAGCUGUCAUAGGAAGCCUUCCCUCUGGCUUUUUGUGACUUUUUAGGUGCUUAAUCUCAUAAAUAUUUUUUUCAGAGUGCAUGUGAGAUUCAGGAAUGAGGUAGACUGUGGAUAAGAAAGUAAACAUGGGCAUGACUGAGCUCAGGGAUGUGCUUACCACUGCACUGAGGCCUGAGCAACAGCAUAAGCAUAUUUAUAGAGGAACUCCUUUGCAUAUAAGUGUUCCCAGUCAGGAGGCAUUAAACAGUAAAAACAACAGCAUGCACUUCAUUCCCCAGAACAGUCUGUUUCUAAGCAAUAUCAUUUUCAUCCUGUUUUUAUGAGAAAACUCUUAGAACCAGAUAAAUAGAUGGCUGUGUUGGUACUUGUUUAUUACAGAUGAUAUAUCUAUCAUCUAUUGGGAGGAACCUGCUGUGGAGUCACAGGGUUCAGGUCUGUGAAGCAGAGCAGGUUGGAGGGAGCAGGGAUACCCCGGGGCCCUGGAGCAGCCGAGGGCUCCGUGUCCUGCUGGGCUCCCAAACAGGCUCCAUGUCCUGCCGGGCUCCCGAGGAGGCUCCAUCAGCAGCUCCCCUCUCAACACACAUCUCUGUUUCCUUUUGUGACUCGUAGCUGAACAUGAUGGUGCAAAGUAAAUUAGCCUGAUUUAAUUUGCACUCAACUCAGCAGGGGAUGUUAUAAACACUGAUUUACUGUGUGCAGGAGCAGUGCUGGAAGAACCAAAAACAUUGGUUGAAGGAGCGUAGGUCCUGCUUUUCUCAGCAUGUUUUGGAAAGGAUGGUCCCUGGCACCCAUGGGAAUCCAGUGGGAUCUGUGUGAGUGCAGUGUUCACAGCAGGCUCUGCUGGACAUGAUGGGAGGGAAAUCUGUCAGUCCCAACUGGGUUUGUUGCACAUUUAAGGCUGGGAGUGUGCUGGAUGUAGUUCUGCCACAGGCUGUGUGCAAAACUGGUGCAGGACACCCAGUUUCAAAUUGCAGUUCAUUUUAAUGUUGUGCACAUUGUUUUUUCUAUCAGAUUUUGUACUUAUUUACUUCAUACCUCUUUAAUGCAGAGCAAUGUAAUUGCAGGGAGAUUAUUUUGCUAUUGAUUACUUGAUCCAGGAAAGAAACAGAAUUCAUCCAUGCCAUGAAUCACUAAGCAUUUGCAGCAAUAAACUUUAUUGAGCCAUGUGACUUGCUGUUACAGAAUUGUAAAGAAUGCUUUACUGGAAUGAUUAUACCAAACCAUGUACAAUUCAAACUGAAUUAUCUGGCUCACAAUAAAAUGUUUUUGGCAAGGUCA